UGUGAAAAAAUCUGGCAAUCACGGAAUCGAAAAUCGAAAGUAGGGGCCAAAUAAAAACAACGCAGGCUAAGCGCGAGUUCCAACUUCUUUCCAGGGAACUUUUGAUGUGAAGUGUGAAGACGAAGAGUAACAUUUUCUCGCGAGUUCGGAUAAGAUGCCAUAUGAAGAGUUUAUUCCAGGACUUGUUCCCAUGUUUUCUGAAAAAAGCCUUUGCAUUACAUACAAAGGGUUUCAGGAAAUCUGUGUAAGGAGGUCUAGACGAGGUCUAAAAGGAAAACCAUACUACAUGGCAAUUCAUGUUCCUGAAGUACUUUCCAAGGCCCGCAUCGAGUGUGAGUGGAAGCUGGAGCAUCGAAUUCGAGACAAGUCCGAUUUAAUUAGACAGAGGCUUCAGUCUUCAAGCAGUCUAGCAACAUUCUUGAAGGAAUUCAUUCUGAUUGCUGAAACCUGUAUGCAGCAUGUUCAUAGCGAUGCUAUGUGGUCUGACUGGAAUGAAGAAAUUGUGGAACAAGUUCUGGAAAUUGACAGCAACAAAUUACUUAGCAUUGAUGAAGACUUCUCAGCUGUUCAGAUCGGUAUAACAGAUGAAGGCGGGAGACUACAUAAAAUCAAAAUCCAUCUCAAGACUCAGAGCACAACAGCAGUUCCAGUAUGCAUCACAGAUCUUCCGCACAAGCUUGAAUUUAAUUGGGCAACAAACACAAGACUCAAGCAUGUUGUGGAGCAGUUUGAAGCCACAGUCCUGUCCUACCAAAACUUCUGGAACACUCUGAAGGAAAUUGAUGAGAAAUGUUGGGUGCUUGAACCUGAACAUCCCAGCUUUUCCGCAACACACAGGCGCAUUGCAUUGGGACAAAACUUGUCUCUGCACAUAACUGUCAACUGCCAACAGCCCUCAACCUUACCAGAGUGUCGGUUUCUAGGUGCUGAAUCAGCAACUGCCCCACUCAGAGAAAAAUUGAACGUCAACCUUCUUCGAUGGGAUGUGGAACGUUCAUUGCUGAAUAACUUACAAGAAGUAUUGGAUUUCGAUUUUCCAUCUCCAGCGGAUACCAGUCGAACAGAACUGAGCAUGGAUUGUGGAAUUUGUUACUGCCUUCACCUGAAUGAGGAAGUUCCUAAUGUGGUCUGUGAAGACAAACGAUGUGCUCAGGCCUUCCACCAGUCCUGCUUAUAUGAGUGGCUUAGAAGCCUUUCGUCACGACAGAGUUUCAACACAAUUUUUGGGGAAUGUCCGUUCUGCAGUCAUCCUAUCAGAGUCAAGAUGCCAGCGUCCUGAAAUAAGAGGACAAGUUCUUGAAAGCUUCACAGAUGAAAGUAUCGUUCUUUGUUAUGCCUUGUGAGAUUUCCAGUUUUCCCCAAUUGGUGCGAGCAAGGUGCUGGUGAGGGGAAAGUGACUCUACUCUGUCUGCAGGUUAAGACCGAUGAUCAAUCCAUGGAUUGAGCCAUUCAAGUCUAUGGUGAUCGUCAGCUUUUUCUGCUUCUCUUUCAGAAGUACACUCUUCCUGAUUGCAUACCUGCCACCUAUGUUUGCUACGAUGCAGUUUCAAUAUAUUGCAAGCCUCCAUAAUAACUUACAUUCUUGGAUCAUGUGUUGUAAGAGAUUGUUAUACUAUACUUUGAAAACACAAUUUGAAUUAAAGGUCUGAGGACAUUGUACCUUGC